AUGGCAACGGAACCUGGCGAUGCCGUCAAAGAGAAGGUGCCCGAAACGGAAGAGCAACGGCCUCCGGCAAAAUCCACCGAGCACAGCACCGGUGCGCCGGCUGUAGCAAAGCAAAAUACUGUAUUAUCAACUUUUAAAAGCUCAUUUGUUUACUUCGAACUCCUCUUUGCUGCCAGCCCGACAUGGAUAGACAUCUUGCUCAUUGUCUGCGGCACCACUUGUGCCGCCGGCGCCGGCGUUCCGUUUCCUCUCAUGGGUGUCCUGUUCGGUCAGCUCAUCGAUAAUUUCAACAGUGCAACUUGUGCUGCUGAUGGAGACGGGUCAAGCAGUUCUGUUGAUCCCUUUCAAUAUGAGUCAUCGAUUAACGACAAAGUCAUCAAGACCGCAUACAUCGGUGCCAUCGCACUCGUACUCAUCUAUGGUCAUCUUACUUGUUGGAACAUAAUCAGCCAGCGACUUGCUCAACGCCUACGCACGCGUUAUGUUUCAGCUCUCCUGCGUCAGCCGCCAGCCUUUUUCGACACCCGUGGCGCCUCUGGUCAGGUAUCAAGUCGACUUAAUGGUGAUAUCACUGCUAUCCAGGCCGGCACCUCUGAAAAGGUUGGCAACAUUCUUACCACCGUCAGCUUUUUCAUCACCGUGUUUGUCAUAGCAUUCACCAAGCAGCCUCGCCUCGCUGGUAUUCUCAUAUGCAUGCUUCCCGCUUUCCUUCUCUCAGGUAUUCUGGGCGGAAAGUAUCUGAGCAAGUACUUCGUCCGUCAGACCGAGGCUGCUGCGUCCGCCUCAUCUAUCGCAUCCGAAGCGCUCUCGCAUGUGGCUGUUGUUCAAGCUUUCGGUGCCGCCCCUCGCCUCGAGGCCAAAUUUUCUGAGCAUAUGGCACGUGCUCGCAAGAACGCCAUAACGAAAUCCGCCAUUGCGGCUGUCCAGACCGGCCUGUUAUACUUCAUCGCGUACUCAGGGAAUGCGCUGGCCUUUUGGCAGGGCAGCCUUAAAAUAGCUGACUCGGUUGAGACCGGUGAUGGAGGCUCUACUGUUGGUCAGAUCUAUGCUAUAGUCUACCUUCUUGUUGAUGCAUGUGUUAUGUUAGGAGGAAUAGCCCCCUCUUUGCCUUUCCUAGGCGGGGCUACGGCCGCCUACCAGAGACUUAUGGAGGAUAUCGACGCUCCAUCUACCAUCGACGGCACCUCUGAUGCCGGUAUCGUUCUUCCACCAAGCACCGGAAAAGCACUGGCCCUACGUAACGUAUCAUUUGAGUACGAAUCGCGACCUGGACAGCUUGUAUUGGAAGAUGUGAACUUGGAGUUCCCAGCGGGAAGAUACACUGCCAUCGUGGGUCUCUCGGGAAGUGGAAAGUCGACCAUCGCUGCUCUGAUUGCACGUCUUUACGACCCUACACAGGGCACAGUCGAGCUCGAAGACCACAACGUACGGGAUCUCAACGUCAGGUCUCUCCGAAGCUUCAUCAGCUUUGUUCCACAGGAACCUUCUCUACUUGAUCGCUCAAUAUUAGAAAAUAUUGCUCUUGGACUUGUCAAUUCUCCGAAGGCUGCCCACCAACAUCUCAAGCCGUUACUCAAUGGACCUGAGAUUACCAAGCUGGCUGCUAGAGGCAAAGAUGCACUAUCUUCGGCCGCAUCCUUAGGACCUGAAUUUGCAGAGCUUGCAGUCCUUAUUCAGCGAGCCGCAGAGCAGGCUGAUGCAGCCAGCUUCAUUGAGCGUCUCGAAUCCGGGUACGGUACGUCUGCUGGUCCAAACGGUUCUCUUAUGAGUGGUGGACAACGCCAGAGAAUUGCACUUGCUCGCGCUUUGAUUCGUGAGCCAGAGAUACUUGUCCUAGAUGAGGCAACGGCGUCCCUUGACUCUGCGAGUGAGAAGAGAAUCCAACUUGCCGUAGAGCGUGCCGCUGCCGAGAAGCGCACUAUCAUCUCCAUCGCGCACCGUCUCUCGACAAUUCGUAAUGCUGACAACAUUGUUGUUAUGCAAGCUGGUCGAGUGGUCGAGCAGGGGACAUACGCAGAGCUCAUGGCUAAGCCUGAAGGAGAAUUUGCCCGCCUGGCCAAACUACAGUCAGUCGGGUCUACAAGCAAGACGGAUUCAGGGUCCGUCUCCGGAGAUUCACUUGAUGCGUCAAGUUUGAAGACUGAGGUUCAAGCAACUGAGAAGGCUGAAAUGACUGAAGCCGACCAAGUCAUCAGCAAGCUCUCGUCAGCAAAAGAAUCUCAAGAGAAAGACCAAGACAAAGAGAAGGAAACCGCCAAAGACCAAGAACUAGAUCUCGUAAAGCCCUUUAGCUCCGUUCUCAGAGGGCUAGCAUGGCUAAUUAGACCGUCUCUGAGCUGGUUUACCCUGGCAAUCAUAGCCGCAGUAUUUGUUGGAGCGACUUUCUCUGGUGCCGGUCUCAUCUUCGGGUUCACUGUCGGUGAGCUUAACCCGUGUAAUAGCACUGUUGAGCACAUACGGCAUAUGGGCAGCUUCUUUGCCGGCCUAUACUUCAUGCUUGCAGGAGUUGAACUCAUCGCAAAUUUCCUCGCCUGGUUAGGCUUUGGAAUUGUGGCCGAGAAACUGCUCUAUAAUCUACGCAUCCUCUCAUUUCGGUCUCUCCUCGAACAAAGCAUACAUUGGCAUCAGUCUGAAGGUCGAACACCAUCAAGCCUGCUCUCGAUCAUCACUAAGGAUAGUGUAUCAGUUGGCGCCUUCAGCGGAUCGACAUUCGGUACCGUGUUCGGCAUCUGCGUCAAUGUUAUCAUUGCUAUUAUAAUAUCCCAUAUCUUCGCUUGGAAGAUCGCUUUGGUAUGCCUGGUAACAGUGCCCAUACUCCUUGGAUCGGGAUUUAUGCAGCUUCGUAUGUUGGCACGCUAUGAAGAGCGCCACCGCAGCGCCUUCACUACAGCUACAUCUCUUGCCACUGAAGCCACCCAAUCUAUUCGUACCGUAGCUAUUUUGUCACUUGAAAGCGAAUACAUGAAGUCUUUCAGACGAUUAUUGAAACCGCCUGAGAAGCAGAUCGUGCGCGCGUCGGUCACGACUAAUAUCUGGCUGGCAAUAUCCUAUACCACUGGUACCUUUGUCAACGCACUUGCCUACUGGUGGGGCUCACAGCUUAUCAUGAAGGGGGAGUACUCGCAAACCGAUUUUCUUAUCAUACUUGUUGCGAUGCUCACGAGCGCGCAGCUCUGGAGCAGCAUGUUCUCUCUUGCACCAGAAUUCUCUCGUGCUCGAUUAGCCCUGUCACGCGUUAUGACAGUUGUCAACAUGGGAUCUAGCACUCAUGCAGGCAAGCCGGGAAGAGAUCCUUCGAAGUCAGGAGACGAUGUUGAAGCCACUGGCGAAGCAAGAACUAAACCCUCCAACGACGUGCAAAGCCGUAGCGGCGCAAAAGUGGCGUUCAAGAACGUCUCCUUUUCCUACCCUACCCGCCCUGAUGUUACAAUUCUCGAUAACGUCUCCUUCACAAUUCCACCAAAUACGUUCUGUGGCUUGGUCGGCCCUUCCGGAGCCGGCAAGUCCACUAUCAUGAACCUAGUCCAGCGCCUCUACAGUCCCACCUCUGGCGCCGUCCUCAUUAACGAUGAGGAUAUUGCAAAGCUCCCUACAUCGUUCCGAGACGAUAUUGCUCUAGUGCCUCAAGACCCUGCCCUCUUUGAUGGUACUGUGCGGUUCAACGUGGGGCUAGGUGCUUUACCGGGCCAUGACGCUAGCGAUGCUGAAAUCGAGGAAGCCUGUCGCCUGGCAAAUAUCCACGAUGUGAUUGUAUCUCUUCCCGAUGGAUACGACACCGAAUGCGGUCCAUCAGCCUCUCGGCUGUCGGGUGGUCAGAGACAACGUAUUGCCAUUGCCCGGGCCCUUGUCCGCCGACCCCGUCUCCUGCUUCUUGACGAGAGCACAAGCGCGUUGGAUGCUGCCAGCGAGGCUGCACUGCAAGAGGGGCUUGAAAGAGCAGACAUUUACGACUCAGGACCAUAG